AGCAUUCAAACGGAACAUGGCGGCGGGGAAGGAUGUCGAUGAAAACGAACAAAAUAGAAGAGGUACAGCGUGCAGCAUGGUGAUCAGUCGUGAGGAAUCGCCAGGGGGCUCUCAUGCUGGCCGACCACCAGUCAUCUUCAACCCAGAUUUUUUUGUUGAGAAGCUCCGCCAUGAAAACCCAGAUGUUUUCCUAGAGCUGGUGCUAAGUAACAUUACUCGCCUUAUAGAUCUCCCUGGGACAGAGUUUGCCCAGCUCCUCGGUGAGGAGAGCCCUAAAACCCCAACAGGUGGAAAUGGAGGCUUUUUCCGUUCUUUCAACUUCCUCAAACGCAAAGAUAAAGGUGUUGUGUUUGGAACCCCACUGACAGAAAGCUGCAUUGCUCAGAUCUACCAGCUUAUUGAGUACCUCAGCAAAAAUCUGCAUGUGGAGGGGCUGUUUCGGGUGCCUGGGAAUAGUGUUCGGCAGCAGGCCUUGAAGGAGCUGCUCAACAGCGGGGCUGACGUCGACCUGGAAUCUGGAGACUUUCACCCCAAUGAUGUGGCCACACUGCUCAAAACUUUCCUGGGGGAGCUGCCAGAGCCCCUGUUGACACACAGACACUUCCAUGCACACCUUAAGAUAGCUGACAUGACUUUGUUUGAUGAACAAGGCAACAAGACAGCUUUACCCAACAAAGAGCGUCAAGUCGAGGCCCUGCAGCUUCUCUUCCUGUUGCUACCUCAGGCCAACCGCUCGCUGCUCAAACUGUUGCUCGACCUGCUCUACCACACUGCCAAACAGCAAGACAAAAACAAGAUGUCUGCCUUCAACUUGGCCCUCAUGUUUGCACCACACGUCCUCUGGCCCAGACAUAUGACAGCGGGUGACCUUAAAGACAAUCUGAAGAAACUGAACAACAGCAUGGCUUUUCUCAUCAAACACUCACAGAAGCUCUUCAGGGCUCCAGUCUACCUGCGGGAAUAUGCUCGAGUGCACUUCACUGGGACCAAGGUUCUGCAGACCAAGGAUGAUCUGGAGCUGCUGGCGGCAAGCAGCUCUCCUGCUCGGCGGACAGCGUUGCCUCUGAAGAGGGCAGCUGUUCUGGUCCCCAGCGCUCAGGAGCAGUGCCAGUCACCAGCUCAACAAUACACAGAAGAAGCCCUGAAGGAGCUCUUCAGACAUGUUCACCACAACAUGCCGGACUCUGCUAAGAAGAAGAAACUUGUCCGACAGUUAGUCAAACAGACAACCUCAGGGACACCUACCAACGAGCACCGUCAGCCUCCCCCAGCUCCCAGCAAGAAACACCCCCGCUCCCGCUCCUUUGGUGGCCUUAUCAAGCGCAAAGCUCGAGGUGAGCAGCUGACAGCAGAGAGGCGGGUCCGAUACGUCUCCCCAGAUGGUGUCACCAGGGCAGGAAGAAAAUCUGGAAAAGAGAACGUCAUCCUGCAAGCGGUGAACAGCCCAUUAAAUGGACCUGUUUUGGGGAAAGCGGGACUGGUAGUAAAAAACCCAGAUUUUGCUUUUCACAAGGACAAAGGUGUGAAGGUUUCCAAGCAGGACUCUCCCUCAGUGUCCACGAUGUGUUUCUCUCCUGCUCAGGAAAUCUCGCUCUAAAACUCGACACCUCCUUUUCAUCUCAGACAUGACUUGGGCAGUAUUAUUGUUAUUAUUAUUCCUCAUGUUUACUUUAGUGCUUUCAUCGUAGUAAGUCUAUUUUAACUGUGACUAAUAUACAGUGGUGCUAACCUGAGCCAGUUCAGCCAAACCAAACCAGAAACUUGUUCCGUCGACCGCAGGACAUUCAGAGACUGCUGACGAAGCGGUACCCGCAGUUGAACGAUCAGCUGUGAUUUAAAAGAUACGCUCUAAAGAUAUAGGCUGCAGCAGCAAAACUGCACAUUAUUUCAAACAUUAAGUCCCUUUAAAAUUUAUACAUUUGUGUUUUUAGACUGUACAAUGCACUUUUUUGUUGUCAGUUUUUUCAGUACUUAAGGAGCGAAUUUGGUCAAUUUUAAGUCAGCUUUAUUAUGUUUUGUUUCAUUUUCUUUUUUCUGGUAUGCAUGUGUAAUAUUAUUGGAUGUAGAACUGGACAAUAUUACUUAUUGUCGGAAUGACAAUGUGACACAUUUUCUUCAGGAAGUUGAAAAAUUUAUACACUACCGUCCAAAAGUUUGGGGUCACUUAGAAAUGUCCUUAUUUCUGAAAGAAAAGCAAUGAAGAUAACAUUAAAUUAAUAAAAAAUACAAUGUAGACAUUGUUAAUGUGGUAAAUGACUAUUCUAGCUGGAAACGGAUGAUUUUUCAUGGAAUAUCUACAUAGGGAUACAGAGGAACAUUUCCAGCAACCAUCACUCUUGUGUUCUAAUGCUACAUUGUGUUAGCUAAUGGUGUUGAAAGGCUAAUUGAUGAUUAGAAAACCCCGAACCUUGGAAUGGUAGUAUAUAUUGAAGAAUAUCCUUUGACUGCCCUUUGGCUCACAAUAUGAUCUCCUCAAGGAUAAUAAUAUUAACUGUGCUAAACUAGUCAUUAUAAACUUCAACAGUUAUCAUGCUGCGCAGUGCUGGAAGUUGGUUAUUGCUGAGCUUUACCUGAAUGUGAAUGAUUUGAAAUCACAUGAUCACCAGGGUGGUUGCUUUGGUUUGGCUUCGCUGGUUCUGGCCUGCUUGUGCCAGUAAUAACUUGAAACUUGUAUUUUAGCUACUGCAUGAGAAUCUAAGACCACUAGCUAGCUGAGCUUACAGUCUGCUGUUGCUUAGAACAUGUAUACAUGUUGUACAGUAUGUGUGUGUGUGUGUUUUUUUACAUUUUUAAACAUGUUCUUACUUUUUUGGUACGUUGUGUUAUAACUCUUGUUACUGGAUGAUGAUUGAGUGAUAAUUUCCUGGUGGUGAUCUGCUGAUCCAGAAACAGUGAGCAGCUUACUUUAUUUUUCUCAUGUUUCACCCUGAUAUGAAAAACGGGAUUAAUUAUUGAUAAUCUUUGUUACUCUCAUGGGUUUAUCAGUUACGGGGAUCCCUGGUUGUGAAUCUGUCAAAUAUGAAAUGUUAAAUUCCCAGAAUAUCUCACUAGACUUCUGGUAUUUUUUUUAAAAGCAUUUUAUUUUUUAAUCUUUCUUCAGCUUGAUCAUGAAAGGGUUGUUUUAAUUUAAAGAAAAAAAUGGUUGGGAUGUUUGUUGAUGGUUUAAAUGAAAGUCGACAGAGGGUUUUUAGUAUGUACACUGCCGAUCAGAAGUUUGGGGUCACUUAGAAAUUCCUUUUUUAAAGAAAAGCAGUUUUUUCAAUGAAGAUAACAUUAAAUGAAUCAGAAAUACAGUCUAGACAUUGUUAACGUGGUAAAUGACUAUUCUAGCUGGAAACGGCUGAUUUUUAAUGGAAUAUCUACAUAGAGGUACAGAGGAACAUUUCCAGCAACCAUCACUCCUGUGUUCUAAUGCUACAUUGUGUUAGCUAAUGGUGUUGAAAGGCUAAUUGAUGAUUAGAAAACCCUUGUGCAGUUAUGUUAGCACGUGAAUAAAAGUGUGAGUUUUCAUGGAAAACAUGAAAUUGUCUGGGUGACCCCAAACUUUUGAAGGGUAGCGUAUUUAUUGUGGUAGAAAUGAGCAGUAACCUGUUAAAGUCUGGUCAUUACUUCUGAAUUUUGGUCUAGCGUCGGACCAUAAACUGUGCAGAGAGUAGGUCAUACUUGUGGCAAGGUAUGAAUCUGAUUAAACUUUAUACUAUUUUAAUAGCACAUUAUGAUAAGACACAUGCCAGUUGCAGUCAUGUGCCAGCACAAACCAUUUCAGCUAUGUAAAGUUGGCCAGUGUAUAUGAAUAAAAAGAAAAAAAUGUAAUUUACAGGCGUAAUUUAACAACUUCUACAGGACAUGGAGCACCACCAUGAAGCUUUAGUAAAGGGAAAAGAGGUGGCUUUCCACUGCAGGAAGUCAGGGAAGGUGCAAGGUGGUGCUGAGGUUUACAGGAAAGACGCCCUAACCGACCCUUAAUUACUAUGUUAACUCAGAGUCUGCCAAAAGUAAUGAUAUAUAGUAGUUACUGGAUAUAACUUCAGUUCUAUGAGCAUGUAGGUAACAGAACAAUGGAGGUUUGUUUCUAGAUUUAUGUGGUGACAUUUACAUUAGUGCUGAUGAUACUUGAGAGCAGACGACUGCUACAUAAAAAGGAUUUUUAAAGGGCAGAAAAUGUGGCACUUGUCCUCUCUGAGUGGUCAGUCAAUCUUGAGAAUCACACAACAGUUUUCAGGGCCACUCGGGUACUUCUCCUCGAAAAACAGCCCUGAAAAUGUUCUUUAGGGGCGAUUUCUGUGGUUGGAACACAUUUAAGCCUCCCCAAAGUGGCCCACAAGUUCAUGCAGUGGAAAACGGCCCCUGCUAAGUUUGGUCAGUGCUUAGGAAGCAUGUUUCACUGCUUCGAUAAACACAGUGCAGUAAAAAAAAAAGUGAAUUAACUCACUGCAGAAAUGUUACUUAAUGCCCAUUUAAAUGUUCCUUCAGCUUCAGUCUUUAUGGCUUGACUUAACUGAUGUCUGCUCAGUUUUCUUUUGUAUUGCUGCAAAGAUGCACCAGUUACGGAUUUUCAGCACUGAGAUAUAAAUUACUUUUCCCAAACAAUGUUGGAAAAAUCGCAUGUUUCUUCAACUCUUUCAGCUCAACGACACCUGAGUAGUGACAUGGGCCCAAACUGGCUCUGUAUUCAUUAGUUAUUGCAAAAAUUGACAAUAAUAGAAGCGCAUUUUAUUUAGUUUGGGACGUUUUCAUUGAGGGUACUUGUCAGUGUUGGAAAUCUGCUACUGGUGCAUUUUGUUUUGAAGGUGUUGUGGAUGUUGUACUGAUGGGUUUGCUGAAAGUGACUGAAAGACCUUUUCUACUUUUGUUACUGUUGUAAUAUUCUUAAUGAUCUACAUGGGACUUUUUUGUGUUUUUUUUUUAAACUGAAUUGGGAUUUUUCCAUGUGGUCUCACAGCAGCACCACUCCUCUUCCAACUGCAGUUUUACAAAACUGUUUGGAGGUAAGAGCCGCUUUGGACUCUGUGUUUUCAUAUGGUGGAGCAAAUUGAGCCAUAUUAAGGCCCACUGAUUUAGAACUCUGUUUUAAAAAAAUUGUCUUGUUUCUGUUGGGGUUUUUUGUCUUUUUUUUUGUCUUACCUUUGUUGGUUGUUUCGUGUUUUUGUCGUUUUGUUUCUUUUUUGUUGUGUUCCCUUUUUGUCUCACUUGUGUUUUUUGUCUAUUUUUUGUCGUUUUGUUUCUCACUUUUGUCAUUUUAUGUCUUGUUUUUGUCAUUUUGUGCCUUUUUUGUCUUGCUUGUGUUGUCUUAUUUUUGUCACUUUAUAACUUUUUUGUCUAAUUUUUUGUCUGUUUUUUGUUUUUGUGUCUUUUUUGUCUGACUUUUGUCAUUUGUCUCAUGUUUUUGUUAUUUUGUGUUUCGUUUUUGUCUCGUGCUUUUUGUCUUAUUUUUGUCAUUUUGUUUUGCUUUAUUUGUUGUUUUGUGUAUUGUUUUUCACUUUUUGUGUCUUGCUUUUGUCAUUUUUGUGUCUUUUUUCUCGUUUUGUGUCGUUUUGUUUCGCUUGUGUUGUUUUUCCAUUUUUUGUCACUUUGUAGCUUUUUUUGUCAAUUUUUUCUCUUUUUGUUUUGUGUAAUUUUUUGUUGUUUUAUGUCUCAUUUUUGUAAUAUUUUGUCUUGUUUUUGUUGUUUUUUGUCUUGUCUCGUUUGUGUCGUUUUGUGUCGUUUUGUGUCUUGUUUCUGUCAUAUUUUGUCUUGUUUUUGUUUUUUGUCAUUUUUUGUCCGAUUUGUCGUCAUGUUUUUGUCGUUUUGUUUUUCGUUUGUCGUUUUGUGUUUCCUUUUUGUCGCGCUUUUGUUUUUGUCUUAUUUUUGUCAUUUUGUCAUAUUUAUUUAGGGUUUUGUGUAUCGUUUUUGUCGUUUUGUGUCUUUUUUGUCUCGCUUAUGUCAUUUGUCUCAUUUGUUGUCAUUUUGUAAAUAUUUGGUCUAAUUUUUUGUUUUGUUUCAUGUUGUUUGUCUCAGUUGUGUUACUCAAAUGGGAGCCGUAGCAUUCUGUAUGAUACUGUUUUAUAUUUAAAACACAAAAUGCCCCUCAGCCUGGUUUAAAAUUAGUUUGUUUGGUUUUCUACUUGCUUGUCACUGAAUAAUUCUUCUUUACACUGUGAGAACAACAGUGGAUGGCAUUUGUUUGUUUGUUUGACAGAGAAACUUCAGUUGCACCUUAUUUCUUAAUAAGGAUCGAUGUUACACUGUAAUUUUCACAUGCGGAAUUUGUCAUUCUUUUUCUCAUUAGUCUAAUUGCUCCAUUGUCAUGAUGAACUUGUGCGUAGCUGUUGUACCAUGUGGUUGAAACUGUGGUGAUUUUUUAUUUUUUUGUAUUUUAGUGUAAAAUAAGUUAACCCUGUACAGCAGAUUCAUUGCCGAACCAUCAGCUUCGGAUUAAAACUUUUUU